UGCGUCACGCGUCAUGUUCUUCGGGAAACAAAAUACACAGAGUUGGUUAAAGAUCCCCUUUUUACUGAAUAAAAAUGCCUUUGCAUCCUUAAAAAUGGAACGAAGUCGUCGCAAGAUGAGCCAUCAUGGCAGUCGUUUCUAAGAUGUCAGCAGAACCGACAGACUCAGCAAGUCCGGAUACACGGGCCUCAGCGGCUACCCGCAAAAACGCAGACAAUUCUGCCAAGGAGCGACUGUCGGUUCUAGAACAGCACGGCUUCACAAGCGGAGAAACGGUCGGACACGGAUCCUAUGCCGCAGUUAAGGUUGCAUACUCCAGUCGACACAAAAGCAAAGUGGCCAUCAAGAUCGUCUCAAAGAGGAAAGCCCCCGAGGACUACCUCAGAAAGUUCCUACCGAGAGAGAUUCAGGUAGUCAAAAUCCUUAAACACCCUAACCUGGUCUGCUUUUUGCAGUCGAUCGAGACCACGAGUAGAGUGUACUUCAUCAUGGAGCUGGCGGAGAACGGCGAUCUUCUGGACUACAUCAAGGCACAAGGCGCCGUGACAGAGUCUCAGGCUGGGACUUGGUUCCAUCAGCUUGUGGACGGUAUGGAAUAUUGUCACGACCAAGGGGUCGUCCACAGGGAUCUCAAGUGUGAGAACAUUCUCCUAAGCAAGAACAACAUUUUGAAGAUUACAGAUUUUGGCUUCGCACGCGGCCACAUGAAACCAGUCGACAAGCGAGUGAUUUUGAGCGAGACUUACUGCGGUAGUUACGCCUACGCACCGCCGGAGAUUCUUCGAGGAAUACCCUACGAUCCCAUGCUCGGAGACAUCUGGAGUAUGGGCGUGGUCCUCUUCACCAUGAUGUUUGGGCGGCUGCCGUUCGACGACACCAACCACAAAAUUCUCUUGCAGCAGGUGCAGAAGCCCCCAGCGUUCCCGUCGAACCGGAACGUGGCAGAAGACUGCAAGGACCUUAUCUGCCGGAUCCUGUCGCCGGCCAAACGACGGAUCAACAUCAGCGAGAUACGGGAAAAUCGCUGGUUCCGCCGCAUUGGAGGAAACGUUGCCAAAGCCAAGAAGGCGUCGGCUGUCAAGAUAAAGCCCCCCAGCGAGGCGAAGUUACUCGGGGUUGGAGGUGGUGAAACUGACCGGACAGCGAGUAAGAAGAUAGCAGACAAAAGUGACUAAUCACAGUUCGUUUAAUAUUGUCAACUCAUCGACCAGAAACAGAAAAGUGAAAUAAUCUGGAUGAGGUGGUACUCCAGUGAAUGAACCACAUAAUUAUUGACUUUAACCCAGAAAAGAGUUCGUGAGUAGCCCAGUAUGACGAUCAAGAGAUUAAAGAUUGCCUGCAUUGGAGUCAGUAUGCGCGACAUAGGAUGUUAAGAGGACGUACACAGCCAACAGCUUCUGGUCAGGUCUUCUUUAUCUCUUUUGUAACAGAAAUGUUACAAAAGAAAAGCACAAUUAUUUUCGUGUACUUACUUUUAAAUUUUCCCUGCUUUUUCCGGUGUGGCACUCGCGAACACCAGUUUAAUAGCUCAAUGAAUGAAGAUUACCUAAAAAUGAGACGUUUUCUCACGAUUAUCUUUUUGAGCAUGGUAAUGGGGGCCUAUUUUAGUAUUUCUAAGUAAAGUUACUUUUAACUUUAAAACGUACAUGCAAAAGGAAAUUGAAUACAUUGCUUGUAGGUUUUUUUAUUUGGGGGGGGUCACUUUUUGGAGAGCUUUUGUACAGGGGCAGGAAGAUGUGGCAAAUAUAAAUGCUGGAAAUUCACUUCACUUCAGGUUUUGUUUUGGUUGGAAAGAAGACAUUUACACACUGGACCCCUGUUCUGCAGUAAACAGUUGAGUACAUUAUACAGCAGUGGAGUACUUUUUCAAAAGUGGUGGUUUGUUAAAAGAAACGGCAGACUCAGCAGGCAAUGCUUGAAACCUCUUUGUAUACGUGACACUUAUGCGGCCACUUAAUUUCUGAUGACAGUGAGAAUAAAACAAGUUUAGACCAA